AUGGUGUCUCCUGAGUCUCCUUUCUGCCUGGCUGAAGUGCUGCUGUCUGAGGACUUGCCGGUCUGUGAGAACUGCUAUGCACAUGCACGUGGAGAGGGCUUGGUAUUGUGGUGGCCUCAUCUUUCUCAGGUCUUCUCCAAAACCUCAAUCACUGAGAAGGCUGGCCAACCUAGCAUGCCUGAGAAAGGAAGACUUACGUGGACCAACUCAGCAGUAAGUAGACAACAACGUUACUUGGAGUGGUUUCAGAAAACCUCAGAAGAGCCCUGCUGGAUCCGACCAAAGGCUCAUCUACUCCAGCAUCCUAUUUUUGCAGCUGCCAACCACGUGCCGACGGAAAGCCUGCAAGCAGAGGGCAAGCGCAACAGGAAUCUUGCAGGGAAAAGUAGGGAAAUUUGCACCGUUCGUAGAGUUAUUUGUAGGUUCCCAAUGGCCCAUGUGACGUAUCUCUUUGUCAUGUCUGGACUUUAG